GUCACGGUAAAAACCGACACGGGUAAAAAACGUCACGGAAAAAAACGACAAAGUUAUAAGUUAUAAUAAGUAAUAUACCUAGUAUAUAGUAUUAUUAUUAUAGUAUUAUUAUCACAUUAGGUAACAACAAUUACAGGCCGAGUGUCUUAUCGAACCCAUACCAAAUAACUGUCGUAGAUAGGAUAUAUAUAUAUAUACAAAAAUAUACGUAAAAUCCUAUUGAGUAUCGGGUAUAAUAUAGGUUUAAAAUUUAUUACUUUGGAUAACGGUUGUAGGAUUAUCGAUAUAAACAGAAACAUCCAUGCAUUUUGUGUCAGUUACAUGUUGACGUGAUAUAGGUAUAACCGUAAAACAUGGAAGUUAUUAAGUCUAACAAAGGUGGGAACAAAAUUUGUUGGAGAGGUUAUACAUACAUAAUGAAACAUCAAGGACGCAAAAGAUUAACGUGGAGAUGUAAAAAAGAAAGUUCAUUGAAAUGUCGCGGAACAAUGUACACGGACUUAAAUAUUGGACAUCCUCAAAUUGGAAAAGUUCAUAGUCAUAUAGCUGAUAAACACGAGGUAAAUGCUAUAAAAUGUACAUAUAAAAUGAAAGAAGCGGCCAAAAGAACUAAAACGAAUCCAGCGGAAAUAUAUGCCGAAAAUGUGAAGAAUUUAGACCCACAAUCACAAGCUAGAAUUCCACCUGAACCUAUAAUGAAAAGAACAAUACGUAAUCAGAGAAAAACGGAACAUCCAGCUAGUGGAACUAGUAUAGAGGGAGAGUGGUGUACAACUGGAAAUCCGGAUAAUAAAAGAUUACUUUUGGUUGACGAUGGUGACGAAAAUAGGUUAGUUAUUUUUGCAACCGACGAAGGACUUCAAAAUUUAUCCAAGUCUAAUGAAUGGUAUAUGGACGGUAAUUUUGCUUUGUCACCUAAAGGUUUUAUGCAGCUUUAUGUAAUAAGAGUACAAAUUAAUGGUAUUUUUGUUACUGCCGUUUAUUGCUUGCUCACUAAAAAAACACAGUCUACUUACGAGCGAAUGUUAAACUGUUUAAUGGAAAAAUGUGCAGAGAAAAAUAUUUUUCUUGACCCUAUGUACAUACAUGUUGAUUUUGAAAAAGCAGUUAUAAAUGCAAUAAAAAUAGUUAUAGGUGAACACGUAGAGGUGAAUGGUUGUUUUUAUCAUCUCACACAAGCAACACAUCGUCACAUUCAAAAAAUGGGAUUAACAAAUGAAUAUAAAUCAGACGAAGAAUUUUCUGCAUUUUGCCGACAAUUGGACGCGUUAGCAUUUUUACCAUUAUGUGAUGUAGCUGAAGGAAUGGUAUACUUAAAAAGUAUAAUGCCAGAAAAAGGUUCAGCUAUAUUAGAAUAUUUUGACAACACUUAUGUGACCGGUACAUUUAGGAGAAUUAAUUCGACACAAGAUAAUUGCAUACGCUUGCGGAAUUGCCCACCCUUAUUUCCACCUCACGUAUGGAAUGUCCAUAAUAUCACAUUGAACGAUGGUGAUCGGACUAAUAAUGAAACUGAGGGAUGGAAUCAUAGAUUUUCAAAGAUAGUGGGACAUUGCCAUCCCUCUAUAUGGGUAUUGAUAACGAAAAUACGACUGGAGGUAGCGAAUGACGAAACAAAAUUAGCUCAAAAUGCAUUUGGAACAUUACCAAGAAAAAAAAAAUCAAAGAUUUAUGCAGAAUUACAAAACAAAUUAAAAAAUAUAUGCAAUGAAUAUUCAAGGGGGGAAAGAGAUAUUCCAAAUUUUUUAAAGGCAAUAGCAUAUACUAUACGAUAUUUGUGGUUUUUAAAAACUAUUAUUAUUUAUUUAUAAUUUUAAUUUUAAUUUUUAUAUUUCACCAAAUUGUUUAU